UUUGCACUUUACCACACUGAUUUACUAAACAAGCAAAAUGGGAAAGAGAGCUGCAGGAUUUGUUCUUUUCAGGCGCCUGUGUGGGCAAAUUGAAUAUUUAUUAUUGAAAGCUUCAUAUGGUGACUUCCAUUGGAGUGCGCCCAAAGGUCACGUUGAUCCUGGCGAAGACGACUUCACAACUGCUCGCCGCGAAACCAAAGAAGAAGCCGGUUAUGACGAAAAGGAUUUAAUUAUUUACCCUGAUCAGCAAGUUACACUCAAUUACGAGGUCAAGGGUAAGCCCAAGAUUGUUAUUUACUGGCUAGCGGAGCUUCGGGAUCCUAAUCAACCUGUGGUGCUUUCUGAGGAGCAUACAGAGUAUAAAUGGCUGGUCAAGGAGGCGGCAAAAGAAUGCGCUAAAUAUAAGGACUACCAAGGAAUGAUUGAUAAUUUCCAUUUAAUGAUACUAGAAAUGGAUAAGAAUAAAGCUGACUGUCCCUAAAAAUACCACAAAUUCAGUGCUGCAAGUUGUGGCGUAAAAUACUAACUUUUCAUGUUAAGCAACACUGUUUUUAAGGCAUCUGCAGAUUGAUUUUGUUGUAAAAACUCGGCAAGAAUUCAAUAAAAUUUGAGAUUCAAAAAG